ACUCAUUUGAUCCAAGUUGAAUUUUUGAAUACGCCAUAAAAUUUGUUUAUUUUAUUUUGAAAUUUUAUUACUUCCCGCCAUGGCUGAUUCGUGCUAUAGUGAAAUGGAGACCAAGAAAUCGGAACAGAUGGACGGGGACUCUUCAGGCAGCAGUUCCGAGGACGAGGAAGACUUCACCUGGAUGACGCAACAGACACAGCCUCAGCAGGACAUCCCCCCGGAGUACUGGCACAUGCAGAAACUUAUUAAAUACCUCAAGGGCAGCACACCAAGCACGACCGCUCUGGUGCUAGGAUGCCUCAACGACUACGACCUGGACUCUGAGUUUAUGCAGCUGGCAAUCCGUGAAAUGAAUACCCUGGAGGUUCUGGUCAACCUGCUGGAGACCAGUGACCGAGACUUCAGGUGCAAGAAACUGGCGCUGAGUAUCCUGGCACGUGUGACGCAACACGUGGUAAUCCAGCAUGAGGUGACCAACUUGGGCAUCAUUCCGCUGUUAGUCAAACUGCUGGUGGACCCGGCACGUGACCUGCAGCGACUGGCGGCCGCCGUCAUAGCCAACGUCGCCAAACUGAAGAAGAGCAGCAAGCUGGUGCGGACCUGCGGUGGUAUACCUGUCCUGGUACACUUGCUGGACAUCAAGGAGUCAAUCCUGAAGAAACCCAAGGCCCAGCAGACUAUCGACGGCGCAGAGGAGAUGGAGGUAGCUUUGGACGCUGCUCGGGCCUUGUGGUCGCUCUCACAAUCGAACCGCAACAAAGAGUACAUGCAGAAGGCUGGCAUCAUCGGACUGCUGCCGAAGCUACUCAAGGCUAAAGAUGAGAACAUCGUGGUGCAGACUAUGGGGAUGCUGCAGAAUUGUGGGAACCUGCCAAAAUUCCAAGUGGCAAUACAAACCCUAGACUUAGUUGAAGACAUUGUUCGUUUGUUCAGCUCCUCAAACAACAUGGAAUUAAAAAAGUUGUGUGCUAUGGCAAUAUUCAAGCAUUCGGAGGACGAAAAGAUACGCAAGCUGGUACACAUACAUCACGGCCUGACUCCAUUGAUCAAGCUGCUGCAGCAGGACAUCAUACUGAUGGAUAGGGAUCUGCUGGCAGCUGUCACCGGCGCUGUUUGGAAGUUGUCUUUCAGCGUCCAGAACGUCCUCAGGUUCGACCAGCUCAACACAAUUCCUAGACUGGUCUCUCUGCUAUCAUAUGACGACGAAACUGUUUUGGUGCAUGUGGUUGGAGCACUAGCAGAAUGCUGCAAGUUAGAACACAAUGCUGCCGUGCUACAGCGGGCCGGCGGUAUCAAACCGUUGGUUCUGCUGCUGAACCUCACCAACCAAGCGCUGCUGGCCAACACCGCCCAUGUGCUGGGCCAGUGCGCCUGGGACCUCAAAUGCAUGGAGGAGAUGGAGGAGCACGACGCCGUCCGCCUUAUCUGGUCUCUGCUCAAGAACUCGUCGACCAAAGUGCAGGCGAACGCCGCCUGGGCUCUGGUCCCUUGCAUUCAGAACGCUACGGACUCCGGGGAGAUGGUGCGAAGCUUUGUCGGUGGUAUAGAACUGAUAGUGAAGCUUCUACAAUCUCCUGAUACUCGCGUGGUGGCCUGUAUCUGUGCUGCUCUAGCGAAGGUAGCGACGGACCAGGAGAACUUGGCAGUAGUCACGGAUCUCGGAGUAGUUCCCAUACUCGCCAAGCUUGUCCACACAGAUAAUGAAUUCCUCCAAGAACACCUCGCAUCGGCGAUAGCAAACUGUUGCAACUGGGGCAAAAACUGUUUCGAGUUCGGGCGUCUCGAGGCUGUGACCCCCCUGAUGAACUUCCUGUACGACGGCAACGACCGUGUGCAAGCGACCACCAUAGAGGCACUCAGCCAGCUGUCUACAGAUCCCUUCAACUGCAUCACCCUGCACCAGAGUCAGGUCGUACCGCUGCUGAUCAAGGCAGCCGGUUCCAGCGAUAGGAAGAAGCAGCAAGCGGCGGCGAAAUGCCUCACAAACAUCCGAAAGUUGGCUCUGGCUGCAGAUAAAGUGAAAACCAAACAAACCCAACAAUGAGAAUCUCUUAAAUUUUACGUUUAAGCUUAAGGAUAGGUAUUAGUGUCCUGAUUAGGUACAAAACAAUAUUUAUAAACAGGAAAAAAUUGAGAUUUUAAGCGAUGGCGUAUGUUACAAAACUACGGUUUUAAAAUAUGGUAACUUUAUUUAUAAAAUUCUACUAGCAUCUUUUAAAGACCCUGAUCAGAUACAACGGUGAUAUGUUAUUAUUUCUGUUAUAAAAAUGUGACGAACGCAUAUUUGUUUAGCUCAUUAUAAACUGAAACAUUCAAACUAUAUGUAAUAAACGACGUACAGAAGUAA